UCAAUAUAGAAGAUCCUCAAGAUUGUUGAUGAAAUCUGCAGAAUCUUGCUUUCCUAAACUAUACAGAUAUCCUAAAGAUUUGCCUCUCAAUCGCCUUCUAUUUAAAGCCCAAUUGCCCUUUUCUUCAAUUUCAUCAUCAUCAUCAUCAUCAUCUUCAUCUCUUAACAUCUUCUGCCUCUUCUACCUUUAUUUUAUAAAAGAAAUAUUUUCAAUACUAUAUCUAUCCAAUUUUCAAUCAUGGGUGUGGCUGCUGGUGAUGCUCAACCUCAGUUUCAUGUUCUUGCUGUUGAUGACAGCGUUAUUGACAGAAAGUUGAUUGAAAAACUCCUUAAAACUUCUUCUUAUCAAGUUACUGCUGUGGACUCUGUGAGUAAGGCCUUGGACUUCUUGGGGUUGUUGAAUGAAGAAGAUGAUGAGAGAAAUUCAGAAUUUGCUUCUGUCAGUUUGAUUAUUACAGAUUACAGUAUGCCAGGAAUGACCGGCUAUGAUCUUCUCAGAAAAAUCAAGAAUUCUACAUCAUUAAAAGACAUUCCAGUUGUGAUGAUGUCAUCAGAAAAUAUUCCUUCAAGAAUUAACAGGUGUUUGGAGGAAGGAGCUGAAGAAUUCUUUUUGAAGCCAGUUCAAUUAUCAGAUGUAAGCAAGCUUAAGCCUCAUCUCAUGGAGGAAAAAUCAAAGGAGAUUCCCGGCAGAUGUUCCAGCAGUAGUCAACAACAAUGUUUCGGGCCAGCGAGCUCCAUCUGUAUCUAAAACCUGGCUUUAUAUAGAUUGCCAGAUCUCGGUUACGUCUCAUUUCUGGUUGUAAUUGUGGAUGACAUUGUUUGCAUAUAUAGCAGUGCUAUUUGUAUGCACAAAGCUAUUUGGUCAUCAAUGCGCGGCCUGUGGUUCUGCUAAUUAGGGUCAUAAUCUCCAUAGUUGAUGUUCCUGCCUUUCCAAGAGUUUAUAUGCCAGCAACGACCAAAAAUUGCCGAACAUAGAAAGGUAGAAGAUGGACAAUAAUUAAAUAGAAGAACAUGAAGUUCAUUUCGUCAGAAAAAUGCACCAAAGACGGACGGCAAUGUGCUGCAAAUGCAAAGCACUCUUAGCUUCAUGGUAGAAUUUUUGAAGCUAAGAAGAUGGUUCUCACACCCAGUUCAUUGUAACUAAAAUUUUGUAAGGAUACAUUAUGAGGAGGCUCCAUGUGUGACAGAUUACAGAAGCUAGUGACUAAAGGCGACCACCUUUUUCUCAUUUUUGUCUCCAGAAGCUCUUGUAUACAGUAACAUAGAUUCUCACCUCUAAGCCAUCACAUAUUCAUUAAUUCCUGAAAUCCUAUACGAUAUUAAUUAUUCUCCCUACUUUCUAUUAAUUUCUUGCACAUUCCACCAAUUCUUCCUA